UUUCAUGUCACUGCUGAGUAAAGUUAAUUGAAAGAAAAAAACAUUCUGUUGCCGACAUAUGCCAGGCUUGCUGCAACCUUUGCACAGAGAUCAGGACUGUGGUCAAAAGCUUAAACCUAAUCAGGCAAACAAAAGUCUCUGUUAAAACUUUAACCUAAAAGUCCAAAGUAAAAGAAGAAACAGUGCUGAAAAGAGCAGCAGAGUGGAUUGGGAGAGGGAAAGCAAUGGCAGCACAUAAACCCUGUGCGGAAGUUGAAAACCUAUCUGUGGUAGUCCAUGGAAUUGGGGAUCUUCGUCUGGAAAACCGGACCAUUCCAGAACCUUGUCCAAAUGAAGUUUUGCUUAAGAUGCAUUCUGUUGGAAUAUGUGGCUCAGAUGUCCACUAUUGGCAGCAUGGUCGUAUUGGAGAUUUCAUUGUGAAAAAACCGAUGGUUCUAGGGCAUGAAGCGUCGGGAACAGUGGUCAAAGUAGGAGCCUCUGUAUCUCACCUUAAACCAGGUGACCGAGUUGCUAUAGAGCCUGGGGUUCCUAGAGAAACAGAUGAAUUCUGUAAAAUGGGGAGGUAUAAUUUGUCGCCUACCAUUUUCUUCUGUGCUACACCACCUGAUGAUGGGAAUUUAUGCAGAUAUUAUACACACAAUGCCAACUUUUGCUACAAGCUUCCAGACAAUGUAACAUUCGAGGAAGGUGCACUGAUUGAACCUCUGUCUGUUGGGAUCCAUGCUUGUAGAAGAGCUGGAGUGACUCUUGGAAGCAGAGUUUUUAUCUGUGGUGCAGGGCCUAUUGGGUUGGUUUCUCUUCUAGUGGCGAAGAUGAUGGGAGCAUCUCAAGUUGCAAUAAGUGAUUUAUCUUUACCAAGGUUAGAAAAGGCCAAAGAACUGGGAGCCGAUUUUGUUGUUCAAGUUACCACUGAGCCACCAGAGGUCAUUGCACAGAGGGUUGAGGAAUUGCUUGGAACUAUGCCAGAAAUUACUAUUGAGUGCACUGGAGCAGAAUCCUGUAUCCAAGCAGGAAUCUAUGCAACUCGCUCUGGUGGAACCCUAAUACUCGUUGGCUUGGGUCCUGCAAUGGUUAAUGUUCCUAUUGUAAAUGCGGCUGUGAGGGAAGUCGAUAUCAGGGGCAUAUUCAGAUACUGCAAUACGUGGCCAAUGGCUAUAUCCAUGCUGUCAUCAAAGAGAGUCAAUGUCGCCCCAUUGGUCACUCACCGGUUUCCCUUAGAAAAGGCUGUUGAGGCAUUUGAAACCACAAAGAAUGGGAUGGGAGUGAAGGUAAUGCUAAAGUGUGACAAGAAUGACCAGAACCCAUGAGGGCAAAGUGGCUGUUUCUUAAAAAAUUAAAUACACUCAUUCUUUGCAGAAAAAAAGUAAAUAAAACUUAAUACAGUUAUUAAA